AAAACAGACAAUGAAAUGGAUUUGGUUGCUUGCAGAGGAAAGAAAAUGGAAGUUGGUAAGGGUUUGAAAACUUUGGAUUGCUUAAGGGGAAGAUUGCUUGCAGAAAGAGAAGCUUCAAGAUCAGCCAAAGAAGAGGCACAGCUUAUGGAGGAAAAGUUGAUAGAGUUGGAGAAUCAGAAUCGAAAGGAGACAGAGCUAAGGAACAAAGCUGAGAAGAGGCUUAAACUCUUGAUAAAGAAGCUUGAAUCUCUCAACAUUGCCUCCUCAACAUCAUUAGUAGCCUCAGAAAUUUCAACUCUAUCAGAAAGUUCGACAAAUUCCUCAACCUUAAAGGAAACAGAAAACCAAGAAUCAAGAUCAAAGAAAGUGGAUUCAACGAUCUCGGAAAAUCAAUGCGAGAAAGUUCCAGAAAUCGCCACAUCCAAACAGCGCGAUGAGAAAAAACCUAAUCAGAAUACUCCAGAUCGAGCAAAUUCAAGCCCUAACUCCGAAUCUCCGAACAAUUCCUGCACCGAUCCCCACCGAUCUUCUCAAAUCCUCCAAAGAAAAGAUCAAAGGUACUAAAAUUCCCCCUCCCGCUCCCGCUCCCCCUCAAACUCGCAAAACUUCACCAUUUCAGAUGAAUUAACCUAAGCCCUGCCCUAAUUACGAUUACAAUUGUUUCAAGCUUUUCAGGAUAAGUAAAAGAGAAAGAGAACGAGCAUUACAUUGAUAAUUUGAUGGCAUCUGUUCCCGGAGCGUCGCCGGCGGCGAGCUCAAAGACCGGAACGAUGAAGAUGAAAGCAAUCCAUGAGAGGGCAACAGAAGUUCAUGAUGCUCCGAAGCACAUCAGAGGAAAUGUCCAGAACUCAUUUAAAUUAUAGAAAAUAGGUGCAAACGCAGUGUCUCUCUAUAUGGAAAAAGACCGAAACCCAAAAAUAUUU